AUGGCCACCAAAAGAAAGCCAGAGAGCCAAGAGUCUUUCAGAGUCCCGAUCGAGGAGAGCGAUGAACUUGUCAUUACGCCAUUGGGUGCAGGGCAAGAGGUUGGACGAUCAUGUCACCUUUUGGAGUUUAAAGGAAAGAAAAUUAUGCUGGACUGUGGAAUACACCCCGGCCUGAAUGGCAUGGCUUCCCUACCUUUUCUGGAUCUUGUGGAUGUAGAGGAGAUUGAUCUACUGUUGAUGAGUCACUUUCAUCUGGAUCAUUGUGGUGCAUUACCUUUCUUUCUGGAGAAAACAGAAUUCAAAGGCAGAUGUUUUAUGACACAUGCUACCAAAGCUAUAUUUCGAUGGUUGUUGUCAGAUUAUGUAAAAGUCAGUAAUAUUGCCACAGAUGACAUGUUAUAUACAGAAAAAGAUAUAGAAAACAGUAUGGAUAAGAUAGAAACCAUCAAUUUUCACCAGGAAGUGGAAAUCAACGGAAUCAAAUUUUGGUGCUAUACUGCAGGACAUGUAUUAGGUGCAGCUAUGUUUAUGAUAGAAAUUGCUGGUGUAAAGAUAUUAUAUACUGGAGACUUUUCCCGACAAGAAGACAGACAUUUAAUGGCAGCUGAAAUCCCAAAUGUUCAUCCUGAUGUAGUCAUAAUUGAAUCCACAUAUGGUACACAUAUUCAUGAAAAAAGGGAAGACAGGGAGGCAAGAUUUACUGGACUAGUCCAUGAUAUAGUGAGCAGGGGAGGCAGAUGUCUCAUUCCCGUGUUUGCAUUAGGUCGAGCCCAAGAGUUGCUGCUAAUUCUAGAUGAGUAUUGGAGUAAUCACCCUGAGUUACACGACAUUCCUAUCUACUAUGCUUCAUCUCUCGCAAAAAAGUGUAUGAGCGUUUAUCAGACAUACAUCAAUGCUAUGAAUGAAAAGAUUCGCAGACAGAUCACCAUCAGCAACCCGUUUGUCUUCAAACACAUAUCUAAUCUCAAGAGCAUGGAGCACUUCGAGGAUAUUGGCCCCUCUGUUGUACUGGCCAGUCCUGGUAUGAUGCAAAGUGGUCUGUCUCGUGAACUGUUUGAGAAUUGGUGUACAGACAAACGAAAUGGCUGUAUAAUUGCUGGGUACUGUGUGGAAGGCACACUGGCCAAGCAUAUACUUUCCGAGCCAGAUGAAAUUGUGACGAUGGCUGGACAGAAGUUACCAAUGAAAUGUUCAGUGGAUUAUAUAUCAUUCUCAGCACAUACUGACUAUCAACAGACCAGCGAGUUUCUACGGGCACUUAAACCCCCACAUGUGGUACUUGUACAUGGCGAGCAAAAUGAGAUGUCCCGUUUGAAGGCAGCACUGAUCCGGGAGUACGAGGAUGACACAGAGUACCAGAUGUUGGUCCACAAUCCUCGUAACACUGUCCCUGUUACUCUCCACUUCAGGGGAGAAAAGAUGGCCAAGGUUGUUGGAAAGUUGGCUGCAGAAAAACCUAUCCAAGACCAAAAAGUGACAGGGAUUUUGGUGAAACGGAAUUUCAACUAUCACAUAAUGCACCCAAGUGAUUUGUCAAGCUAUACAGACCUAGCCAUGGCCACAGUGACACAGAGGUUGAGUAUCGCCUACACUGGUACCAUCAAUCUGCUGCGCUACUACCUCAAUCAGUUGUCUGGCGAUGUAGAGCAGUACAUGUCAAAUGACAAACCUGCCCUUAAGAUUUUCAAGGCUGUUACUGUGCUGGUGGAACCCAAGAUGGCUGUCGUGGAGUGGGUUGCUAACCCAGUGACAGACAUGUAUGCUGAUGCUGUGGUUACUGUUGUACUGCGAGCCGAGACGGACCCAAUGCCACAUAAAUAUGUACCACCUGCUGUGAAAGUGGACCGUGGACACAUCACAGAGUGUUUGAUCGAGAUGUUCACAGAUAUGUUUGGAACUGAUAGUGUUGGAAAGUUCAUAAAGGGAGACAAGAUGACAAUCACCAUCGAUGAUAACACAGCCGUCAUUAAUAUAGACACAUUAGAUGUGAAAUGCGAGGAUGAAACUCUACAUCAAGUCAUACAAACAAGUGUAUCCAAAUUAAUGUUGGCCAUCUCUCCUAUCCGACAGCCAGCUCACUGACAUCUACAAUACAGAAACUGUACACAGUAGAACCGCUGUAGUGUGGACUAAUUAAAGUUGCACAGAACUGUUUUACCGGAAAAAAAUGGAAAAUUCAUUUUUCCAUAUUGAAGAAUCUCCAACAUAAAACUGUUUAAAAAUGAAGGGGUGAGAUGGGUGGCAUCUCCAUAGUGACUAUACUGGUUGGCAUCUCUACAGAGACUUUACUGAAGACAGUUGGGUGGCAUCUCUACAGUGACUAUACUGAAGACAGUUGGGUGGCAUCUCUACAGUGACUUUACUGAAGACAGAUGGUUGGCAUCUCUACAGUGACUAUACUGAAGACAGAUGGGUGGCAUCUCUACAGUAACUAUACUGAAGACAGAUGGGUGGCAUCUCUACAGUGACUUUACUGAAGACAGAUAGUUGGCAUCUCUACAGUGACUUUACUGAAGACAGAUGGUUGACAUCUUUAGAGUGACUUUACUGAAGACAGUUGGGUGGCAUCUCCACAGUGUCUAUACUAAAGACAGAUGGUUGGCAUCUCUACAGUGUCUAUACUGAAGACAGAUGGUUGGCAUCCCUACAGCAUCUAUACUGAAGACAGAUGGGUGGCAUCUCUACAGUGUUUAUACUGAAGACAGAUGUUGGCAUCUCUACAGUGACUAUACUGAAGACAGAUGGUUGGCAUCUCUACAGUAACUAUACUGAAGACAGAUGGUUGGCAUCUCUACAGUGACUAUACUGAAGACAGAUGGUUGGCACCUCUACAGUGACUAAACUGAAGACAGAUGGUUGGCAUCUCUAUAGUGACUCUACUGAAGACAGAUGGUUGGCAUCUCUACAGUGACUUUACUGCAUAAUUUAAGAUCUGAGUGCUGAAGAUAAAUAAUUGUUGCUGUAUUAUAUUAUGAUACUAGUGCAAUGUUUUAUUCUGUUCUGUUGUAAUGAGAGUGAAAGGUUUUGUGUCUGAGAAAGUCAUGAACGUAAGUGUAACAUUUAAAUCAGUUUGAUGUUCUUUUGUUGUCUUUAAAUUGGCAUGUUCACUUCACAUGGUGAAUGUAUCUUCAGUAAUGUGCAUUUUACAUUACACAAGAUGAUAGUCGCUCAUUCUGAUCAAGUUUUUUGUUUCUUUUCUUUUUUUCUCAUUUUUUCAAAAGAAGUCAUCUUUAUAAUGUAUAAGAAUUGAGAAUAAUUGAACUGACAUAAUUUCUGUUUAUGGUAAUCUAAAAAGAGUUACGAUGUAACUAAGCUGAUCAUUAGUCAAUACAGAUAGGUAAUCAGGAUAGGGAAAACUUGGUAUCUCUAACAAUGAAAGGAUAGGACAGAUUUGUAUAUCCUGGAUAGUGUCAUCCUCACAGUGUGUGAUAAUCAAGUAGAAUUUUAUUUGGUUCCCAACUCUAAUAGGAUUUGAUGGUAGCUUACACAACUUUGUUUUAUACAAAUACUUAUACCUAAAUGUAAUUAAAAAUUUUUUCAAAAUUCUUUAAUUUGUUAACUCAUUCAGACAGUAUUAGGAUGAUGUAUAACUUUUUUUACAAGGUAAUAAGUUUCAUUUUAAGACAAAUAAGAGAAAUAUUUGAAGAUUAAUUAUUUCUUUUGUGUAUGUAAAUGAAAUAGGAAUAACAUAAAAGAUACCCUUAAAUCUUCAAUAACACCAAUAUUAACCUUUGCCCCUUCCCCAUCUAACUUUUUGUUUGUCUCGGACACUAAAGAUGGAAGAUUUUCAAAGAUUAAGCCAGGUGUACCCAAAAAUUGUGAAGUCUUACAAUUGUUAUCCAAAUCUUGUUGGUAUGAAUAUUUCACUACUGCAUUUAUAGGUCAAUAUGAAUUCCCACAAACCAAUAGUAAACAUUGAUCUGUUUCACAUUGGUCGGCCGUGUCUUAAUUACAGCAUUAUAUCAUUACAUGUGAAUAACAAAAAGUGCUGCUAGCUUUGUUGAAAACAUUGAACUUCUAUAGAUAAUGAUAUGAGCAUUGUCAUCACAUCAUCUACAUCAUUGUUGUUAUCAUCUAUCAAUCAUACAGAAGAAAUGUUGUUAUUAAAAUAUUGCUUCAGUCUAAA